GGAGGGGCACGGAGCCGGGGCCCGUCCGCAGGCCCAUGGCUCAUUUUCAGUAGACCCAAAAGUCAUAGCCAAAUAUCAUUGACACACAUAUACGCCAAGAGGUGCACUUACGGUAUGUGACGGAAAACUUACCUGUGGAUCGACAAGUACUUGCUGGACAAUUAUUUCCCAUUAGGUGAAAAAAGAUAUUCAUAUUGGAGAAACAAAUAUUUCAAACUGGAGACGCUACAAAUCCAAGCCGUUUGCAUGGAGCAAUCGACUUUCGGCGAAGUGAACCAACUCGGAGGUGUGUUCGUCAAUGGGCGUCCCCUGCCUAACGCCAUUCGUCUUAGGAUCGUGGAACUGGCUCAGCUCGGAGUACGGCCGUGUGACAUCAGUCGGCAGCUCAGAGUGUCGCAUGGGUGUGUCAGUAAGAUACUAGCUCGUUAUAACGAGACGGGGUCCAUACUUCCUGGGGCCAUUGGCGGAAGUAAACCCCGGGUUACCACCCCUAACGUAGUGAAACAUAUAAAGGUGUACAAGGAACGAGACCCUGGGAUAUUCGCCUGGGAGAUUCGUGACAAACUACUGGCGGACGGUGUAUGUGACAAGUACAAUGUUCCUUCAGUCAGCUCAAUAAGUCGUAUUCUCAGGAACAAGAUAGGGGGUGGCCCAAUACCACAGAACCCCAGUCCCACAUACGAGACAAAGAAUCAGGUUGUACCGUGCACUGCGGCACCAACUCCUAUUUAUAACCAGUUUUACCCAUACUCAUGUCCACCGCCUUCCAUGCCGGCUGUUCCAACUGCUCAAAUGGCCCCUCAGCAUCACACACUGGCACCCCUCGGGGCGGCCCGGCCCCCUCAGACCACUGCCAACUGUGUGACCCCAUGUAUGAUGCGGGCGUGGGCUGCAUCCUCACAUUCCGUUAAUGACAUUCUCGGUUUCCGGGGUGGCAUCCCUCAGGGUAUGGGUCAACCCAUGCAGGCUGAGAACGGACCCAGUAUAGGACAGAAUUACAAUAUGAACUACUACAGCAUGAAGCCUACUGUAUCACCAAUGUAUCUGCAAAGCUGAGACUGGCUGUAUCGCGAGUAGAUUGAAUAUGCAUAGAUAUUCUUAUAUGUGGAUUUUUUGAUGAAAUACUCUUGAUUUUUUUUGUCAAAAGUGCCAAAUUCUUAAAUAUCCGUCCAUGAAGGAAUCAAACCCUUCAUCAAUCACUCAGGAAGUUUCUGUUGCUAUAGGUUACAAUGUCAAAAAUGGAACUGCUUCCGGAUUUGUAAUGCGCAUAAUCGGUGUUGGCCGAGCGGAUGUUUGAGAUCUGUGUUUCUGGUUGGUGUUUAAAGUUCGUCGCUUGCAUAUUAACUACGGGGAGUAGACAAGUCAGGAAAUUAUACCGAUAUGUGUUUCAAAUUUGAUCACAUCAGUUAGAAACACAUGCAACAUGCCUGGACAGACACACCUUGGUAAGGUGAAAGUUGUUCAUCAAAAUCCGUGGGGACUAUUCGUAGUGGAUUGUAAUUUUAUCUCACAUUAUAAUUCAAUUUCCGCCCGCUUAGUACACAGUUCGCCUUCAUUUACACUCAGGUUCUUUUGAAACUUCGUUUGUUCCAUAUUCUAUUUAAUUUUAUGUACGUGCAAACAUUUUUAAAGGCUUUUAAAGUAAUGAUAAAUUGGAUAGGUAUUAUCUGGUGAUCUUAUUUUUGAUAUUUUGAGAAUCAUCAUGCCUUGGAUUAACUGAACAGAUCUUAAUGAAAUAAAAUUUAGUUGAUAAAUGCAUAGGAUUUAAACGUUCUAAAACGAUUUUAUUAAUCUUAACAUUUUUUUCCAAAAUUAUUUUGUUUGAUUUUCUUACCAUAUUGCUUGCGACGAAUGAAUCUGUGAAUAAAUGUAUAUUGAUUGA